AUUUUCCGUCGUCCAUUCCUUCCUUCCCUUUCCCCAAACACGCGGACCAACGAACUACCCCAAAACCCUUCUUCCUUCUCCCCCCGCCGCCGGCGCCGACAUGGCCGUCCACCACCACCUCCUCCGCCGCGGGCUCGCCGGCGGGUCCCCCCUCAGCCCUCUCCGCGGCCUCUUCCUCGUAUCCCAGGAGCUCGGGCGGCGUCAGGCGAGCUCGGCGGCGGCGGGGGAUGCGGCGGCUGAGCUGAGGGGCGCGCGGGAGGACGUCAGGCAGCUGCUUAAGGACAAGCACUGCCACCCCAUCCUGGUUCGGUUGGGUUGGCACGACUCUGGCACUUAUGACAAGAACAUUAGCGAGUGGCCAAAGUGUGGUGGAGCGAAUGGCAGCCUGAGAUUUGAAAUCGAGUUAAAGCAUGCCGCUAAUGCUGGCCUUGUGAAUGCUCUGAAGCUGGUUCAAACCAUCAAGGACAAAUAUGCCGGUGUCACUUAUGCAGAUCUGUUUCAGCUUGCCAGUGCUACUGCCAUUGAGGAAGCUGGUGGCCCCAAAAUCCCCAUGAUCUAUGGAAGGGUUGAUGUUUCUGCCCCUGAACAGUGCCCACCAGAGGGGAGACUCCCUGCUGCUGGUCCGCCUUCACCUGCUGAACAUUUGCGGGAAGUAUUCUACAGAAUGGGCCUGAAUGACAAGGAAAUUGUUGCAUUGUCAGGAGCACACACACUUGGACGGUCAAGACCAGAGCGCAGUGGCUGGGGUAAACCAGAAACAAAAUACACUAAAAACGGGCCUGGUGCAACUGGUGGGCAAUCUUGGACAUCUCAGUGGCUCAAGUUUGACAACAGCUAUUUCAAGGAUGUUAAAGAGCGACGAGAUGAGGACCUUCUAGUUCUGCCUACAGAUGCUGUGCUCUUUGAGGACCCAUCAUUUAAGAUUUAUGCUGAAAGGUAUGCUGAGGAUCAGGAUACAUUUUUUGAAGACUAUGCUGAAGCUCAUGCUAAAUUGAGUAAUCUCGGGUCUAAGUUUGAUCCUCCGAAGGGUAUAUCACUGGACUAGCUGACAUCAACUACUGAUGAACUGCAUUUCUUGCAAUAAAUUUUGAAGCAUAUGGUCAUGGAGCUUGGUUCUGGUUUUAUGACCGCUCCAACAUAUUGGAUCAACGAGAGCAGUAUUUUGAGCUGUGUGCACCACUACGAGAAAUAAAAGCAGCAUUGAACAAUUCCAGCACCAAAGAUUUGUUACAUUUAAGAUACUUGUUGUACGGUACUGUAUCGAGAUCCUACAUGGUGGUGAUAAAAAAAAAAUCAAGCAGUUGGUCUUUCA